CUAGUGAUGGCAGAGCCUGAAGCAACAGCCUCAUCAUACAGGCUCACAGACGACAGAGCGAGCAUAAGCUAAUAUAAAUGAUAUCUGACACGUAUUCAAGACACAUAACCUUCUCUUCGUGAUAAUGUUCAUUUAGACUAUCAUACAUUGGAUACAGUGCGCUCAUUUGUCUGCUGGAGGAGUCUCUGCACGAGCCUUUUCUGGAUUCAAACAUCUCUGCGCGCGACUGGCGCCUGUCGUCAAGGGAACGGUGAUAUUUUUUCCCUUCGACCUCACGGAUUCAGGACAGGCUGCUGAAGCUCAAAAAGCAGAGAAUACCAUUAUCGUCUUUGAAGGCUAUCUGCUUCCUGCUAUGCUUGAAGAUCUACAACAGGGCCUAAGUGAGGCGACCUGUGGACUGACUGACGCAGUCGUUGAAGAGGCACUCCUGUGUAUGAUUUUGCUCUCCUAAUUUUGCUGGAGAGGCCAAGAUACAAAGACGUCACGUUGGUCUGCGAUGGCUGUUUCAUUAGGAAAGAACACAGACUCUAAUGUUUUGGCGCAGAUCAAGCUUCACUGUCUCCACAGACUCUAAAUGUGAAGAGGACAGAGCAGUCAGUCUCUGUCCAUCAAAGAGAGCUCCAAGCAUUGACCUUCUAGACCCCUUGACCCCUUCUGACAACAAUGUCGCUAAGUUCCUGUGUAUUCUUUUGUCUUUGUAAACAAAAUAUCUUCUCCCAAAGUGUCUUUUUUAGACUUUUGUGCCCUGAUUCUAUGAUCCAUCAAGUCUGACAGCAUCAGAAGAACCUAGAAAGCUAGUUUUUGUCCACACCUGAGAGACUGCUUCCCAGGCACUUGUCUUUUCUCAGCUGUUGCAGGAGGAGGUGUCCGCUGCUCUUGUGUGGAGGUGUAGAAAUGGCUCGGCCUGGUUCAGGAGUGCUGGUGUCGGUCGGAGGGGGCCUGGGUUACCCCUCUCAGAGCAUGGCCCGUGUGGUUGUGUGGGAGUGGCUGAAUGAACAUGGGCGCUGGAGACCGUACAGUGCAGCUGUGUGCCACCACAUUGAGAACGUUUUAAAGGGCGAUGCACGUGGGACCGUUAUUCUGGGCCAAGUAGACCCCCAGCUCGCACCCUAUGUUAUAGACCUGCAGUCCAUGCACCAGUUCAGACAGGACACAGGGACAAUGCGCCCAGUACAGCGUAACUUCUAUGACCCAUCUUCAGCCCCUGGGAAAGGUGUGGUGUGGGAAUGGGAGAAUGAUAACGGCUCCUGGACUCCCUACGACAUGGAGCUGUGUGUGAGCAUCCAGAACGCCUACGAGAAACAGCACCCAUGGUUGGACCUCAGCUCGCUGGGCUUCAGUUACCUGGUGGACUUUGACAGCAUGGCCCAGACAAACCGGCAAAGCCAGAGGAGGCGCCGCAUUCGCCGGAGGAUGGACCUAGCCUACCCCCUCAUCGCCGGCUCCAUCCCUAAGUCCCAAUCAUGGCCUGUGGGCACUAGCUCCGGCACGCCCUGCUCCUGCCAGCAGUGCCUGCUGGUGCACAGCACACGCGCCGCCUCCAAUGCCAUCCUGGCCUCACAGCAGAGGAGGAAACUGUACAGCAUGGCAGCUGCGGCGGGGGCAGGGGAUCAGAUGGCCCCUGCAGUCCGACAGAGCAACACGUUUGCCGGCACCACCCUUUGGUCGUCCACGGCAGCAGUGGCUGGGGGUCACCAUAACAACAUAGCGGUGGGCGGAGGAAGAGGUGGGAAAGUGGAGAUGAGUACACUGAACUUCCCAUGUGCCCCAGCACUCAUGACACUUCCAGCCACUCACACAUUGACGAUUAAUGGGCAGAACAAUCUGAACCGCCCAGGAACGCAGCGCAUCGUGGUGUCCACCAGUCGUGGAAGUAUUCCACCAGGGGUACCUGCACUACCUGUGAAAAAUCUCUCUGGCUCGGGACCUGUUCACCCAGCUUUAGCAGGGAUGACGGGUAUUCUGAUGUGUGCUGCUGGGCUGCCUGUGUGUCUGACUCGUGCCCCCAAGCCUAUUCUGCACCCGCCGCCAGUCAACAAGAGCGACCUAAAGCCAGUACCUGGAGUUAAUGGCAUCCGCCGCAAGACCAAGAAAAAACACCUCCGCAAGGGCAAAAACCCAGAGGAUGUGGUGCGCAGAUACACAGAGAAAAUCAAAGUGGCUCCAGAUGAGGACUGUACCAUAUGCAUGGAAAGACUGGUGACGUCAUCAGGCUACGAGGGUGUCCUGAGUCACAAAGGCAUUAAGCCAGAGCUGGUCGGCAAACUGGGCAAGUGUGGCCACGUGUAUCAUCUUCUCUGCCUGAUAGCCAUGUACAGCAAUGGCAACAAGGAUGGCAGCUUGCAGUGCCCUACAUGCAAAGCUAUCUAUGGAGAGAAGACAGGCACGCAGCCCCCCGGGAAGAUGGAGUACCAUGUUAUUCCCCACAGUUUGCCUGGCUACACUGAAUCAAAGACCAUACGCAUAGUCUAUGACAUUCCUGCUGGCGUACAGACAACAGAGCAUCCUAACCCGGGAAAGAAGUUCACCGCACGGGGUUUCCCACGGCACUGCUACCUACCCGACACCGAGAAAGGCAGGAAGGUUCUGAAGUUGUUGAUCAUGGCUUGGGAAAGGCGUCUGAUCUUCACCAUCGGGACGUCCAGCACUACAGGCGAGUCGGACACAGUGGUUUGGAAUGAGAUCCACCACAAGACCGAGUUUGGCUCCAACCUUACUGGCCACGGCUAUCCUGACCCCAACUAUUUGGACAAUGUUCUUGUCGAACUGUCAGCGCAGGGCGUGGGAGAGGACAACCUAAAGGACUGAGGAGAAGACUAUUGUGAGCUGCAGUGGAUCACACACAUGCGCACACAACUCAUACACACCUUCGACCAUUGGAGGAGUUUCUGCCCUUUAGAGUGACCCCUAACCUGAGGUCAAAAGGGACAGAUGCCUAAAACUGGCAUUUGAAAUAUAGUAGACAGAUGAGUCUGUGUGACGUGUUUGGAUAAAGGUAAUGCAGUGAUGGGUGAUGAUAACAAAAACGUUAUAUCUGAUUCUCUUUCUGAUUGACCGCCAGUCAUUAUUACCAUCUGACACAGAGAAAUUGUUUUUUAUCUUUAUAACUUGAACCAAAAAUACUGCAGGAGGCGCUCUUCGUAAGGCCGAGUGAACAACAAACCAUUGCAUGGGUAGACACUCAGAGGAUAUUGCAGAGGGUUUCAGACAAGUCAGUGAGUGAGUCGAUAGGUCAGUGAAUCCCACUGGGCAGCAUGGAGGACUGCUGUUUCCAUGGUGAUUUUUUUGACCCAGGCCUCUGAGGAUAGAUGUGUGUGUGUACGAGGGUUAAAAAGCUUGCUAACAGAACUGAGCACCACUGUAUUUUUCAUGCUUGGAUGAUUUGUUGCGGAGACAUUUGAAGCAAAGCUUAUGUCUUGUUGAUUGAUACACUUCGAUUGUCAGAUAUAGGAUCUGUUUGUGUAUGAGGUACCAGGUUAGAUAGUGUUUGUAUGUGUGAAACGUGUGCUUUUCCUGAUCUUCAGAUCAAGAUUGCUGGAAUCAGAGUGUAUAGAGUGCUUUCUUCUGGAACAGUAAGGAGAGUUUUCAAAUAAAUUCUUUUGAGGUGUUUUCCUGAAACACAUUUAUUUUUGCUCUUUGUCUCUCUCUCUUUAGCAUUGUUCUCCGAAUUUGAAGAUACACGUGGGAACUCUUUAGUAUGUCUCGCAAAACCCCCAGCUCCUCCUAGCUACAAGAGAGAGAUUUAGGCUGAUAAAGCACAGAGGUGGGCUCAAUCUGACCAUGCUGGAGCAGAUAAAUCACGACUCCUUCAACUGUGUGCUUCCCUUCAAGGUUAAACUCAUUUGCAGUGACCGGCCCUGCCGUGCCAUGGCCCUCACUGAGGAGCACACUCAUUAUACUGCCCAUGGAGACAGUGGAGCCCCGGCCGUGAUCCAUCAUGGCCUGGGAGGAGUGUGAGUGUGUGUAUGUUAUUGCAUUCAUAAGCAAUUUCCAGUCCUUGAACAAGAGGUUUUUGUGUGUUCCUUGGAGGAAUAUGUCAUUCAGAAGAGAUUGUCAGAGAUAUCUCCUAUCAGAUGAGAGGUGCCCAGCUAAAACAUCGAUCACAGAGAACAGUGCUAGCUGUUCAAAAGCAUUGCCAUGGUCUUGAAGUGAAGUGCAGUAUUUCUGCGUAGGCUUUUGGCUAUCACAAUGUUAAGGUCACUUGUUUAAUUAUGUAUGGAGGCAAAGCUUCGCCUGGAAGCCAGAGUCUGAGACCCCGUUAACACCUGGUUGUUUUGUACAUCAUUUCAUUUUUAGAUUUAAAUGUGGUUUCUCACUUCAGUAGGCACAUUUUACUUAGAUAUUUUAUCAGUGUAUUGGAAUCUUUGUCUAUCAGACAUAUUCAACAACCAAAUCCCCUCCCCUGUUCCUUUAGUCCGGCUCCUUCUUGUAGGGAUAUGUUGCUUGAUACUCUGUGUCAAAACAAGUCUCAAGUUUUCAUAGCAGUAGGGCUUCAGAGCCAGGCUUAUAAUAACACUGAUCAUGUGACUCCUGACCACAAACCUUCAUUAUUUCACUCAGGCUUCAAAUGCAAGUUGCGUCCGUUCUGCAGUUUUAUCAUAGACUGAAAUGCUGCUAGUUAAUUGCAUAUAAGUUUGAUAGGACUUACAUCGAUAAUCGAAACAUGCACUGAUUAUUUGGUCUUAAUUUGAUUGUCCCCAAACAGCCCCCCCAAAAAUAAAAGUCCAUCACAAGCCUCAGACUUCAGGGGUUAGUCUUAUGAUGGCAUGAAAUUGGUCAAUUGGUGAUACAAACUUUGAUAGGAUGAAAAACAUAAGAAGAGACCUAGAUCACAUGUUGGGGGAGGGGGGCAUUUUACAUCUUGAUUCUCUCACAAAUAAAAUAUGCAUGUGGUUAAAAUCUUAUCAGGUUUCAAUCCAGAUACUAGUGAGGUGAAACAGCCAGGUGUAAACGAGGUCUGAGUGAUCAUAUUUCUCAAGAACGUCUGUAGCUGGAGUUGUGUUUUAUCCGUUACUUUGUUGUCUAUUUCAGAGGGGACUAGUUGUGUGGAUCUUUGUAGGACUCAUGAUGGUCAUAUUGUUGCUCACUCGCGUCUGCAAUGUUUGCGGAUGACACUUUCAAAUGCUGUUGAAUGCAGAAAUCAUGGUCUUCCUGAUCCCUCAAACACAGCAGCUUUCUUUCAGCAAUCAUUUGAUUCAAUAAGUUUGUCUUAGCACUCAUGAUAUAUUUUUACAGUGUCUCGUAAUGCUUUGAUGAAGUACAGAUAUAUAUAUGAACAUAUAUAAAUAUAUACGUUUUCAAGUGUAAGUAUAAACUUAAGCUCAGUUUGAUGAAGUGUUUAAUUUAUUUUUUAUACUCAUACAUGUGACACACAAAAAUUCAUAUGAUGUUUAGUAAUGUUCAGUACAUAUGCUUUUUUGUCAAAUCUGACAAAGAGUGGAUUUGUCAGAAACGUCAGGGACUGUUAAAAUUCAUAAGGAAUGUCUGAUAUUAGUCCUACCACUGUCGCUAUGUUGAUGAUGUCAGGUCUGUGUGAAUUCUUCUAUGGUAGCAGUCUGCUAGUGUUGGAAAGGGGGCCUUUAGCAGCAUGAUAUUACCCCCUUACUCCCCAUUCCUUUACCUAAACGGGUUGUUUACCUUUUAUAACUGCAGGGAAAAUUGCCAACAUCAGCAUCACCUUUGACUUUCAAUUUCAUGUCGCUGUCUCCACUCAAAUCUCAGUUUUAUCACUCGUCACAUAGGUCUGCUUGAAAACAGAGGUCUCCUUUGUUUUGUACACGGUUUCAUUCAAGGACAAACACACAGUCAUUGCUUGUUCAGACCUUUUCACACUUAUAUUUGUCAGUUUGAAUUUCAGUUUUUUAUAUGGGACUGUAAUGUGAAUUGACAUAUCCCUUUGAUGAGUACUGAUUAUACAUGGCACCUGUGUAGUGAAUGACAGCAAAAGAAGCUGUCAAGAAUCACUUGACAAUCACUAUUCAUCCAAAUGUUCCCUUCAUGCAAGCCAGUGUUACAGCAAUAUGAAUCAAGAUGAAUCACAAUAAGUGUGAAUAAGACCAAUAUUUCACUCAUGUAGCUUAAUGCAGCCUAAAGCGAUUUGAACACCCAGCUUUAAAAAAAGAGCUGCAUUGCAUUAACCCCUCACACAGAUAUGGGUUAUUUGCCUGAGCAGUAUUAGAGUAUGUUACGUUAGAUUCAGCGCUGUAUUCAUAUUGCAUGCUAUUUAAUGUGAUUUCAUAGAUGAUGUGCAGAAAGUAUGAUACGAGGGAUUUAUACAGUGCAACAGAUUAGAUGAAAAGAGAAAUAAAUGUUCUUCUGUACUGAGAUAUAAGGAUCAGAAGAACGUUGCCUUUUAUGCAAUUCUUUAAAUGGAGAAACUAUGUUGAAGUAGAUGUGUAGUAGUAGUUGUGUGGCUUAUGUUUAGCAACGGAUUUGACUUCCAGCUUGCUGUCAGGUCACUUUUUAAGGGGGGGUUCUAAGUAGUCUACUCGCGUUAAACCUGAUUAGUUUAUUUAUCACUUGUCCACGUUGUUCAUUACAACUUGCACUCUUCGUUCGUAGCCUUUUGACUAAAUGCGCAAUGUGUUUGUAUAUUGUGCCACUGUACAGUAAUAUGAUGAACCCAUAGAGCUCGUUUGCUGCAUGUUGCUGAUAAUGGGCUCUAAGAUGCAUCUAAAGAUGUCUUUGAGAGAUUGAAAUUGAGAUCCUUCUUAGAAUUCCAGUGAUUGACUGAGUGCAUAUGUGGAUCAGUAUGUGUGAAUGUGGAUGUUUUCACGGCUCCUGGCUUGGUUUUAUAGCGGAAUACACUGCAGUCCGCUUCCUGGAGUGAAGCCAUACUGGAGCUCAGUGUGAUCAGUCAGGUGUGUGUGGACCAUAUGGCCCUGUAGCACUUGCUGACGACCCUUAAGGCUUUUCACUGAGCCAAAGCCAGGAUGCCAUCUUUCACACGUCCUGCCGAGAUCAUCCAAAGCUAAUUAUUUUAUUACUGUGGAGGGAGUUUGUGAGUGAGGCCCAGUUGCAGUUUGAAAAUAAUCAAGCAAAUGAGCUCUCUGAAACGGGUUUAGCAGCAGUGUUAGUUAUGGGGUGUAACAGUAUGCUCAGCUCGUGAUCUGUUUGAACUCAUGAUACUGGGUUUACAAUAUGGUAUUCUUGCAAUAUUUUUAACAGUUGGAAUGGAGAAAAAUGUUGACGAUAUCCAUGAGACUAGAGCUAGGAGUUUGACUUAUGACAUAUGAGCAUGCUGUUGUAGGUUAAUUUGAAUCUUAUAUUAUUUUAAACAAGCUGCUGUGGGUUAAGUUGUUUGCAAGCUUUGGUUUUCAAACAAUACAAUUGAAUUAAAUGGUACAAUUAGGCCAGAAAUGUCCUUUACGUAAGUACGUAGACAGUUUGAGCUAUGCAAAAAUGGUUUUAAGUGUCAAAAAGCGAUUCAUAAUGCAGUGAAAGCAUAAUCUGCAUUCUGAGCUUUACCAUAAGGAGCACUAUAAUCCAUCCAUAUAAUCCAUCCAUAUAAUCAUAUAUGUGAUAAAGAUUUGCAUAUAUAUUCCAAUAUAGCAAGUAAAGCAGCAUGUGUUCCUCUACUGUGAACAUCUUUAGCGGCUGUUGGAAUAACAGUAGAUUCUGUGUACAGACACUUUGAUUUGUCCUCUAUUGCCAUCAUGACUAUUGAUUAUUUUAACUGCCACAGUAACAAAAGAAUGUACAUCGAGUUUGAAUCGUAGAACUGCAUUUCCAAUACUUCAUUAACAUUUGUGUUCACUUGCUUGCGUUGAGCAUGUUUCUGGCCUUAGAGUGAACUAAGCAGAAGUGGGAGCUUCUUGGUAGCUGCACUAGGAGAUCAAAUUAACACCCAGAACAAUGAUGCCAGGUCAAUGAAAACAAAUGUUAAAUGCCAUUGUAGUAAUUAUUAGAACAGGUCCAGAUAAUCUGAAUACUUGUAAAGAUGCCUAGGGAAUCUCUUGUAGAAGUGCUUGGUAUACCAUGGAGGCACGACAAAUGAUGAAUCUCAAAAUUGCAAGUAUGGUGAUUCUUAUCCGAGUACCACAUGUAAGGCUACGUGCCACGGCUGAUUUCAGUUCAUUUUUUGCCAUCACCAGUAUACAUUAUUAAUACAUUGUUGCUGCCUGUUCAGUAUAUUUUGAACUGCAGUAAUGAACAUCUUUAAAAUGAUGAUUCAUUCUGAAGUGUGAAUAUUCUUGUUUUUAAGGGUGAUUUUGAGAGCAAGUAUUUUGGUACUUACUUGGGAACAUGCUAGCAAGUAGUGGAAGCCCGUUCAAUGCUGUUUGGGCCAGCCUGAGUAAUAAUAUCAAUAUUGAUAAAUACGUUUGAUUAUGUCUCAUUUUACCUGAUAUCCUGCUUUGGCUGAAUCUCCCUAACAGAAUGCAGCUCAUACCGCUCAUCUGUCUGAUGUGCUCUAUCACAUUUUUGCAUACUGAUGUAUUGUUGCACCCCUAGCUUUGGUGUGUGAUUUCAAGGCACAGCGCUAAAAAUGUAAAGUGAAAGUAAUAUGAAUUGAUUUAGAUUAGACGAGUUCUUAGUGCGUUUGUCAAGAAUUGUAAUAGUUUAAAGAGACAGAAUUUUUAUAUUUCUUUGCUUGAAAUUGCUACAGAACUACACAGUUUGGGGUUAUUCUUCAAGAAUGUUAGCAUUGCGAGAGAUUGUCUUUGCAUCUGUUUUGCAUCUCUCGUCCUUUCUUUGCCUUUCCUUUUCUUUGUCUUUCUUUUUGUGCCUCAUAGGACAGGUCCAUGCUAACUUGAUCAUUUAUUGAAGUGCCCAUGUUCUCUCUGUGUGAUGAUGUCAAAGGUGCAUGGAGCUUCUGUGUAUUCUUUCAUGUCAUGAAGGCAAGAGAAAGAUGUCUUAACAUGUACAUUAUAAUGUAGAUCUAUUACUGAUAUCAGGCUACAGUUUAGUAAUAUUGUUUGAUGAAACAAUAAAAAGGGCUUUUAUAAUAUGUCUUAACAUAACUGUUAUGACCUUGUUGCAUGUUUGUGUUUCCUGUGAAAUAAAUGCCGCUUCAUAACCAAAGGCA